AUGGUCGAGGGUCAGAAAAUUGUGAAUUCUGGUUUAAUUUUUAUGUGCGGUGCAAGCUCUCGUUCGUCAACAAAGAUUGAGCUGUAUGCUCUGUGUCUAAAGACAAGUGCAUUAUCGUCGCCUGAGCCUCACGUUCUAACGGGGACUUUAUCAAUACAUCAUGAGGAUACAAUGCUUCCAGAUGAAUUAGAUCAGUUCGAUGAGCAUGAUGUUGAUCCUAUUUAUGUAAGAGUAAAAAGUAUGAAUUGCUCAUGCAAAGCUGGUACUAGUCACUCGUGUAGACACAUAGUAGGAGUUUUAUUAUAUUGCAAUAGAAAAGACUUGAAUAGUUUACCAAUGCUCUCUUCAACUGACAUGCAAUGCUUGUGGAACAAACAAAAAAGGCCUUUUUUGGAACAAUUUGAAGCUCAGCCUACCAAAUAUUUUUGUUGUGUACGACAAAAAAGAUUACCUGCUUUGAGUGAAACUGUACAAGCGGAAAUUAGACAACGACUUAUUCAGUGUGAUGAGAAGACAGCACUUGCCAAGCAUAGCUCUCGCAACUUGCACAAUCGCAAUACAAACAGACGAUCAGAUCUCACUCAUUCUACACAAAAUGAUAAUAUAAUAAAUCACGAGGGUGCUCUUUCAAAACCACCAGCACGAGUUCCUUUUCAAGAUAUUACAAAUAAAAAUUCUCAAGUUUUUGAAAUCAGAGCACUCAUUCAUAAUGAAUCUACAAAAAAAGAUUACACUCAAAUUAUAAUUGCUAAUGCGUCUUCUUCAACAAUUUUGGAUUGUAUAAGAGAAGUAAAUCAUGACUUGGCUGAUUGUUGUAAUAAAAUGUACCAAAGUAAAAUUACAUGCAAUGACGUUUUGAAAACGUGCAUUGCAACAAGAGAUUGUCCAAAAACAUGGAAGCAAGAACGACAAUUUAGGAUCACUGGGAGCAGAUGCUACAGUUUGUUUACGUAUUCGAACAAUGAUUGGCCAGAUAAGUCAAUAAAAUAG